AUAUUUCCGAAUGGAUAGAAUUUUUCACCGCUGCUGGUGUACCGGCAGCUGUACGCAAGACUUACGCUCAGAUAUUCGUGGACCAUCGGAUUACAGGUGCCUUGGUUGCAGAUCUAGAAAAGGAGCACUUGAAGGAUAUGGGCAUUAAUGUGAUUGGGGACAUAAUCGCCAUUCUGAAACAAUGCCGUAAAGUCGGACAUGAGGAUCCAGCUGCUACUGUUCCGAAUGUUACUUCAACCACUAUGACGAGUACCAUUCAGCCACCAUCCAAAGCUGAAAACAAGUCACCAUCUACUGUACAGUUCUCAACCCCAUCCAGUACCACCGGAACUGUUGUGCGCAGGAGAAUGACCCCGGAAGUCGAAGGAAAAUAUGUUGUAAAGUAUCCGACUGGAACAACUGCAAAAACACAACGCAUUCUGGCCAAUAUGCGACAACGAGAAACCUCAUCCAAGUUACCUGUAAAGAAUACAGAACCUGUAACUGAUGGUAGAAUAAAGUCAAAUUCGCGAUCGGCUCUAACUUCCUUCGAGGAGAGUGAUGUAGAGGAUUCUGACGGAUACAGGGUGAUUUUAUCCAAAGAGGCGUCUCGAUCAUCCAACCUGAAAGGAUCUGUUUUCGGACGUCUCGGUGCGCCGACUGAGCAGAUCGAAGCUCCACCACAACCAUCCAAACAAACGGCGGUUGUCCAGCGGUUGGUCGCACGAAGCAUUAGCACAUCCCCAUCGGUGGCGAAGAAGCCGACGCCGGCGUGUGAAAGCCGCGUUAGCAGCAAGACGUCAACUGCUGGGGGGGCUCCUUCCAAACUAUCGAUAACGAGACAGGUUAUCCGGGCUCCCAUGCUCAAUGCAAUGCCGAUGAAGGCCAGGCUAGCAUCAAAACGUCAGAUCACUGAAUCAGUCUUCAGUCGUCUAGACGAUUCCCCGAAUCCGGUUGGCGUCCAGACCGCCAUCCGUUACCAACAACCGAACUCCAGAGACGCACUUGGCUAUGCGGGCAUUUUAAAGCGUCCGCGAUUACAUCCACCCGCUAAAUCGAUCCCACAACCCAAUUCCGUUCGGUCGAAACCUGUUCCAUUUACUGAGGGAGUAUUAAGCUCCGAAUUGACUUCCAAAAAGCUUCACAAUCAGCGAUCCGUCAAAGCUCGACUGGGGCCACGGCGGACGGAAAGUGGACAGACUUCUAAAACAACAGGGCCAUCAGGUUUGUUUGGUAAAUUUCUAACUUUCUGUUAUUUUUAGUCCAUUCCCGGUUGGGUGUGACGCGGAACAGGAACUGACUCUCUUACCCCUUUCGUGUACAUAAUGCUUUCGUAUUCACAGUACAUGCUAAGAUGUUGUUUCACCAGUGUGCUCUUUUUUCUUACCUGCAACUUGAUUGGUU